AUGUCCCAAGACCAGAAGUCACUCAUCUACCCAAAUUCUACUGGAGCUAACGUACGCUUGGAUAGGCUCGAGGAGAUAUUAAUGCGCCUGAAAUCCCAGUUCACUGCAGUUACCACUAACGGCCCGCGGCGAACACCAAACCGCCCGCGUUCUUCCUCCGUUUUCCACACCCGCCGCCUACAAUCUCCAAGUAGCGUCUGCUGGUAUCACCAACAAUUUGGAGGAGCAGCUCGACGAUGUCUUCAGUCAUGCUCUUUCAAGGUAUCUGUAACGGCCUCAGGGAGACGAUCCCACCCGACAGUAGAGGCCACUGCUACUGAAAGCGUUGCCAAUCUUCACACUCGCCGUCUGUUUCUCCGAGCCCGUAUCGCUGGCGCCAAAUUCCUUGUCGACUCUGGUGCCGAGGUAGGCGGGGUUCCACCAACUCCGGCCGAACGCAGAACCCGCAGCUCUUUUAGUCUAACAGCUGUCAACAACUCCAGCAUCCCCACCUUUGGACAGCGCUCCACCACACUUGAUUUGGGCCUUCGUCCAAUUUUCCGAUGGGUUUUAUUAUUGCCGACGUUUCCGUCGCCCUCAUAG